AUGGUCUCUGGGAUAAAGCCCAAGCCACUGAUCUCCUCCCUAGGCCUAGCCAAGAAUAGUACGAGGCUAAAACACAAAGCCCACACCGAGGUCAAGAAAGAAGAACCCGCCCUCCUCGGUGCCUCGAGCGACAUGAGCGACGAGCGACUCUUCACGAGGCGUUUCCGCCAAUCCGUCGCGACUCAUGGACUAAGAAGAUUGGUCGACAGCAGUGAUGAAUCAUGGACAACUCCUGCCAGCAAGGACGCAAACCAAACACCCACGACUGUGGGAGUAAGAAGGGUGCUUGACAGCGGUGAUGAAUCACCCACAGUUACUACCAUCAAGGAAGUGAAGAAAACAAGUGUCCGGAAAUACACCAGGAAGACCAAAAACCUCGGUGGUGAAAAAGGCAAGUCAUCCUCUCCCAAGAGACCGGCCCCUGAUACAGUGGAUCAAGACUUUAAGCAGACCACGCAGACCAAGCAACCCCCAAAGACGGCUACUACACAGAAGGAAGGGGUGAAGAAAACCUCUGACGCCGUCACCAGUGUCACCGGCGACGGACCAUCACAGAGAGCUCUCAUACCGCGCACCAAAUCCGCGACACAGACGCCGCUCUUCCCAGACCACACACGAAACGUGAUCGCCCCACGGCCCACCGCUGACGCAGCGACAGGUCCAGCACCCUCCACGGUCAUCCACGUCGAUGGACACCCCUUCAUCAUGCCCACUGACACGGUCGAGUGUUUUCUUGCGGUGAGACAGGAGGUCAGGAGGUCGUACCACGCGGUUUAUGUUCGCAAGCUCUAUAAAAAGCGGGACCGUGCGCUAGCUUCUCCGGUUUGCGACGUGAGUGAGUUUUGGCAUCGCAUUGGGAGUGAUUCCGAGGCGGAGGUGCCGAGGUUGGUGUGGGUUUUUGGCGAUGGGGCCGGAAGGGGGGCUGGGGCUCGUGGAGGUAGGGGUAGUGGUGGGGGUUCUAAGGAGGUCAAUGGGAAGGAGGAGGAUUACCCAGCUCCGAAGGACUAG